AUGGCUAGCACAAGCUUGACGUCGACGUUCCUGACGCCGGAUCCAAGCUUCAAUUGUGCGCUGUUCUUCCUCCUUUACUUUAAUCGACUCUUUGCGACACUCCUCUCCUACGCGAUCCGAGCGUACACCUGGUAUUAUUACCGCGCAUAUGUCGAUAUCAACGCACUCCAGGUCUCCCUGCUAGGUGGGAGAAUCUUCUUCAAGGGAAUCCGGUACCAUGGGGUGAACGAGACGAUAUUCGUUCACGGAGGCUUCAUCACAUGGCGAUAUUGGACGCGUGCAGUCGAGCGCAACGAUUUGACGGGCAUCAGGCGCAAGACCGGUUUGACCGAUGAUGCGACCACACAAAGACAUGCGCGUCCCCCACACGAGGGGGACGACAGUCUCGGAGAGCAGGCUGGUGUAGGGAAGACGACUGAACUGCCGUGUCGCAUUACAAUCAAAACUUACGGCCUUGAAUGGUUCAUCUACAAUCGGACCCCGGCAUACGACAGUAUUCUUGCUGGAUUUGGGUACGCGCCCAAAAAUGUGGACUUGGACGGCGAUAACUCCAAUCCCCCAGUCUCUCGCCCAGGGGAACAAGGGGGAAAUAAUGGCAUCGAUGCAGAUUUCGAAGCUCCGCCAGGCCAUCGUCCAACCUUGAGAACCAUGUCAGAGCGCAGCAUGAGUGACAGGGGUGGAGCAUCUGCAUACAGAGAAACCGAACUAUCAGAUCCUGUUUCCAACAUGCUGCAGCUUCUACCAGUGAGAUUAGAUUGCAAGAAAGGGGCCAUUGUCAUGGGAAAUGAACACACACGGUCUGUUCUGACCACAACCUUUGAUACUGGAACAGGCACUAUGGAUGCUUCUAACUCUGGCCCUUUUGACUUGUAUCGGCAAAUAUUCUCCUUUCACCUGACAAACCCGGUCAUCCAGAUGAGACCCAAUCCUGACUUCAAACAGACUCAGCCCGCAACUGCAAAAGCUCUCGGGGUCGCGCAAGAGAAGGACAAGGGAUCGAAAAGCAGGAAGUCCAAUGUCUUCAACUAUCAGUUCCAGAAACGCAAGGUGUGGCACAGUAUUCGGGAUCUCGUCCCUUAUUUUCAGACUUCUGUCGAGUCUUUCCAUGCAAACAGCAAACAUCCCAACAGCAUGCCGCGAAGCCAAGCAGAGUUUCCUGAGGUGCGCUGGACUGGCCUUUCUCGAUAUCUGGACGAGGGUGGUGAAGAUGACCAUGAGAAGUGGAAUUCAGUCGAAUAUGCUAGGUAUUCUACCAUCGUGGAUAGCCCGAGCAUAGACAUCACGUACUUUUGGGAUAUUCCCGGCCGAGUGAUCGUUCAACCGACCUCAAACAAUGGACCCGACUCUGUGGAUAUGAAUAUUAAUUCCGCCUCUCCCCCAGAAUGGGGUAUCGACGUCAAUAUCGAGGGAGGCACGAUCAACUAUGGACCAUGGACUGAUCGAGAACGAGUUGGCCUUCAAAACGUUUUCUUUCCCAAUUUCUAUCGCAGCGCCGAGCCUGCUGAGCAGUUGGCGCCCGGUGUUCUGCGGCAAAGCACAUCCUUUAGGUUGUGUGUGGAGAUUAGCGACGAACUAACAUUGCGCAUACCGACCAGAGAGUCGUCCAAGGAUUGGCAAUGGAAGGGUCGCGCCGACGCGGUUGGGGGUGCAUCGAGAACGAAGAAGCCAGCCGAGAAAAAGAGUACACGAGGCAAUGAUGGAGAAAAGGGCCACAUUGGCCCUGAGAUUCGUCCUUUUGGGUGGCUUUCGCUUUGUGUUGCCCCAGAUUCUACCAUCACUUAUACCAUGGACAUGGUAGCCUCGAGCACAGGGUUCCGCAACGAACUCUCUCUCGACCUUCGCGAAUCAAGACUUUCUUCCAGUAUCAAUCAUGGCUUACUCUGGCAAUGCCCGCGGCAGCAUAUUACUUGCGACCUGUCGAAUCCUCUGUCCUGGAACAGCCUUCGCUCUUGGAGAUUUACCGCCGAAAGCCAAAAACUACAACUGUUCCUCCUCCGUGACCACAUAUUUCUUCUAACCGAUCUGGUCAGUGACUGGGCAUCAGGACCACCAUCAGACUACCACACAUUUGUGCCCUUCAUUUACAAUCUCGAUCUCAAUUUCACCGACUUUGAACUUUUCAUCAAUGUCAACGAUAGGAACAUCAUCAGCAAUCCCUCCGAUCUGGAGGAUAACCGGUUCAUUGUCAUCAAAGGCAACCGGUUGACGUCGAACAUUAUGAUACCAUUGAACAAAUACCUUCCGGAGCAAAAUGCUAUUGACUUCAGCGUUGGGCUCGAAGACGGCGGCGUGGACUACGCAACCCCCUUGUGGGAUACUCUACAUGAGUUUCUACCUGAAAGGUCCAUGGCUACUCUCCAGAGUCUUUUCAUUUCUGGAUCCUACAAUUACUUCCAGUCGACUUCUCCUGAAUUGACUGACACUUUGGUUCUCAACAUCGAUGGCGUUUCGCCCAGGCUCUUUCUCUUUGGAUUCCUGAUCAAGAGUUUCAUGACUAUCAGAGAAAACUAUUUCGGCGAAGAGAUGCACUUCAAAACUUUGGAGGAAUACCAAGAGUUGGUUUACGCGGAUGAACCGGUGUCCAAUCCCACUGGCAUCAACCCGAAUCGGAAGUCGAACGAUAUGGACGUGCUUGUUCGCGUCACGGUUGAUAGCCCACGUGCGUUGCUUCCCGUGAAUAUCUAUGAUACCUCGAAAUGCAUAGGUAUUGGUGCGGCCUCGCUUGAGGUGGAUUUGCGAUUCACGAAUUACUAUAUGGACUUGCAGUUCUCGGUAACUCCACUCAAACUUGACUUGGAAUCCAUCCAGCCAGAGGGCCCGUCUGCAAUUUCUGGCACUCAGUUGUUCAUCGAUGGCAUCUCGAUCUAUGGUCAUCGCCUCUUUGGUCUGCCACCACUUGAACCGACCUACGUUUGUAAUUGGGAUUUUGACGUUGGAAAAAUCGUUGGAGAAUGCUCUGCCGAGUUUCUCUCUUGCUUCACAUCAUCUUUAAAGAGUUUUGAUUUCUCGUUUGACAACGAGGAAAAUGCGUUGCCGACCCUGUUCCCGGAGAUCUUGCACGACGUUACAUUCUUGCGGGCCAAGAUUGACUCGAUCCAUAUCUCUGUACUUUUGGAGCAGGUUGCGAUAAUUCUGAGCACUCAGCCUUUGAGUGUGAACUUCAACGACUGGGCCAAUGCCACAUUUUCAAAGCGCAUGAGCCUGAUUGUGCCAGGCAUCUCAAUCGGUGCUGUUGACCGAAAAUCUGCCAAUCAAAUUAAUCCUUCUACCGGGGGAGCUGUGUCUCCAAUUGGGCUGUUCCAACUCUCCGUUGGGCUGAAGAUGGCAUUGCGAAAAUGCGACAUUGUGGAAAAUCGAAGACUUCAGCAAGAGCAUAUCAAAGCCCAUGAUCAACGAACUCACCGUGCACAGUGGCUCCUUCUUGAUUGGGAGGAAACAGGGCCUGCCUCGACUAUUCAUGCAGAGGAUGAUGUUCUUCCCCCCACCAUGGCGAUACCCUCAAUGCCGGAGCCCAUUCACCGCGGGUUUGGCUCAAGCUUUACACAUUCAUAUCGGGAGGCCUCGGUAUCUCGUUCAAAGGGAAGCGCCAGAAGCUUCCUUGUUACAUCAGAGGCAUCAAGUCUCAAGAGCGUUCGAAUGCACACCAGCAAUAGUUCUAAGGCUGUUUCCGAUGUCAAAUUUCCAUCGAGGCCCGAGCUACCCAACCGCGGGUCAAGCUGGUCUAUAUCUCAAAGCAAUCGGUCGAGAGAUGGAACUCUCCCUGGAUCUCGAGCAGGUGCUUUCUCGUCAACCACAGCCAGAGAUGCAAACCCAUGGAUCAUGCCUCGGUUUUCAUAUCACAAGCUCCAAUUCGAUACUGCCGAGCUUCCCUUGCCAUUCGCAAAGGACGAUGAUGCAUCCCGGAAUGACGACCCCUCGAUACCCCCCAGGUCCAUGUUCCUUACCUUUGAGGAUGAUCAAACGACAUACACAAACCUGGCAGUUGACCUCCCACUUGGGAUCCGAGGAUUCUGCACUCCCAGAUUUCUUUUGAGCUUGGCUUCUUUACUGGAUGGAUUGGAGCCGAAGCAUCCCACCCGAGUCAUCGACUCCCUUCAAAAAGAUGUGAUAUCAAGCAUUGUUGGAUCCGACAAGGCUGUAAGCAAACCAAAAUCAUCAACAACCGUUGCUCUUCGUGUCCCAUCCAUCCAGUUCCGAUUGGUCGACCUGUCUGAAGCCCCCAACGAUGAAAAGAUCGAAUUCCAAGAUGAGUAUAGCAUUGGGAUUCGUCAUGUUCGGACCGAAUUUUGCAAGAAGGUUCACCGAGAGAAAGAUGACAUUCUUCAAGGUGUGAAGCAAGAUGUGACAGCCCAUGUAGCAGCGGAUUAUGUGUCACUCACCGUUGAGGGAAGCCGGGCCGACAACUUCCACGAAAAAGCUGUCUUCAAUACCCACCUUGAGGAUUUGAAUGCAUGGCUGGUUACCUCGCCUAGCGUCCGUGCAAAUCUCCAGGUGCGAACAUUUGAUACGAUGACAGGCGCAAAAUCCGUGGAGCGUCUUGCAUUCCUGGUCCGACGAGCGACGACCAUGCUCGAUUCUGUCGCCUCGUCUUUCCAACAGCUUUCAACAUCCAGCGAGAAGCGUGUAAAAUACUUAAUGUACGCGCUCACCCAAUCAUCCGCCGAUGUUCCAGAUCCGAUAUUCCUCGCUCGCAUUUCCUAUGUUCUUCGAGUCGCAUCGACCCAUCUUCGACAGCACGAUUCGUGGAAAAUCUUGUCUCGCAUCCGCGGCAUCUACAAGUCUCUGCCGGACCACCGUCAACGUGAUUUGGAGCGAAAAUGCUCACGUGUUAAUCCGCCUUUACCGGAAAACUCGAAAAAGACAGUCAUCUCUGGCUUUGAUAGCUGGCGAGCCUGGGACCUGGCUCAUGUUGAGAAAAGCUAUGUCAUGCGGCGGGUUUGGCCUCCUACUGAGCCUGACACGAAGGGCCCCCAGCGCGCGAUUUUUGCCUCAUCUACCAUACAAACAUUCCGGCUCUCUUUAGAUCCUGGCCCCCGAGAAAGCAAUUUGAUUAUAGAGAACCUGUCAACCGCUGUGUCUCUCAAUCCGAAUUGGCUUGGAAGCGAAGAGGAAGAAAAACAUCGCAGAAAGCUCAUCACCUUGCAGUCUUACUGUGGCUCUGCUGCCCUGAGACUGCGCUGGGAAAUCUUGGACCUCGUUGAGGGCGUGGUCAAGGUUAUGUCGAAUAUCACACUCGAAUCAUCGUCAGGCAAUGCCCCGUCCGAUGCAGUCGAGAAGAAGACGCCCACCGAGUUGCAAGUCAUGGUGGGAACAGAUUUUGGAUCCAUAACUCUCGAUGGCAUCAAUGUGAAGCUUGCUUUAGUAGCAAAGGCUCUGCGAGGCUCAAUCGUUCAAAGGAGUCUCGGCCCAACAGAGUCGCAACAUGAAGAUCUUGCUGUGUUGUUUAGUGCAGAGGGCUGCUCAUCCGAACUCCAGAGUCAAUCCACUACGCUAAUGCUGUCAAGAAUAGCGGAUCCAUAUCUCAACCUUUCAGUCACAUCCCAACAUGGUUCGAGCGACUCCGAGCAUGACUGGAAAUUUGCGAGCUCUUGCAGGAAGCUUCGUUAUGAUGUCAAAGAAGACCCUCUGAGCUUGGCGCACACAGCGGACAGACUCAUCGCUGACGAAGUCCGGUAUAUCAGGCAGCUUGUGAACAAUAUCAAACUCCCAAAGUCAAAGGUUGGGCAAGCCAAGACCCCAGAAAAGCCAACCAAACAUACCUUCCACGUCGCCAUGUUCUUGGAGGACUACAGGCUGACUUUCAGCCUGCUACCAUCAUUGACUUAUCUCAUCUCCGGUGAAGUGGCUCGGAUGUCCGUCAUGCCUGCGCAAGGGUCGAAGCUUGAGGUUGACUUUGACGUCAAGAAGAACUCACACAUGUUUGUUUCUGGUGAAAAAGAACGGUUCCACGUUCUGUCGAUAUUAGAGAUACCCCCUGUGAACGGUCGAGUCCUUGCAAACUUCCUACCGGACCGCAAGGAGAUAGAGGUAGAUGUCACGAUUGAAGUCAUCCGCCUGGAAGCCAGCUCUGUGCGCAGUCUCUUGGCUGUUUUGACUGGUCCAGAUGUCACCCACUUGGUCACAGAUCUCAAGCAAACCUUCGAUAUUCUCCAGGCACACUUGGAAGAUGUACUGGCAUUGCAGAAAACAUCACCCAGCCCCAAACCGGCAUCCGAUGGUCAAGAGAUUCUCUACAAGUCUCGUCUCACGAUGGCUGGAUUUGAGAUCCAUGCCAUUGCACCUGGCCUUAACAGCAAAGAGUACUCUGCAGAGAUGAUCUUCAGUCUCGGAAUGAUGCGAAUGCGACUGCAAAAUGGCCUCGAUCGGGGAUAUGCCAUGGAACACCCCGAAUUCAACAUCGAUGCCACUCAAAUCAGCUUUGAGCUGAUAAGACAAGAGAAAUUUAAGAGCCACUCGUAUGGCGGGUUCACUGCCGGGGUAAAGCUUGAAGGAAGCUCCGCCAUCCGUGAAAAUGGGGAAGUGACCAGAGCAUACCAUUUCACUAGCGAGAGAUUUGACAUCGAGCUCUUUGCCGAAACAGCAGCUCUUGUGGUUGACAUUGCUGUUUAUACGCAAGAGCGUAUCAAAACCUUGGACCUGUCUCAUGAAGUCAAACGUCUAAAGAAAUUGAGACAUCGUGGCCACACCAAUAACACCAUGGACGGAGCCGCUGAUGCCCCCAAGAUUCAGGUCAAUGAUGAUGCAUCCUCGGAGACAUUCCUCGACGCACUGUUCUCCUUGCACUUCCGGACCAUUCAAGUUGCCUGGAACAUGGCCACAAUCAAGCCUACGUCUGGCCGGAACCCGGAAGACCUGGUAUUUUCAAUUCAACAGGUCGAGUUGUCCAAUAAGAAAAAGAAUGCAGCCAAGCUUCGAAUCGAAAAUAUGCAACUUCAAAUGGUUCCGUGCGGAGCAGACAGAGAAAAACGGUCACUCAACUCAGCCCUCAUGCCAGAGCUGGUAUUCAAUGUGGCUUACGCAUCUAAAGGAAAAGAACUCUGGCUUGCUUUCCAGGCUGCUGGUAAAUCUCUUGAUAUUCGAGCUACUUCGGAGUUCAUCAUUCCAGCCAACAUGAUCCGAAACUCUCUUGCGACCGCAAGCGAAGCCCUCCGCGAAGGAAAGGCUGUUUGGGCGACGAGAGCAGCAUCGCCCGAAAACACAGACACGGACAAAGACCGAAGCCUUUUCGGCAACAGACGACUGCGAUCUCUCUUGAUCGAUGUCGACUUUGCUGGCGCUACAUUGACGCUUCAAGGAAAGCUCGGUCACGACCAUCAAACCCUGCUGGCUGCUACACGGCAGGGCUAUAAGGCCUCUGACCAGAGAUACUUUCAAGGAGAUGCCGCAACUACAGCAACUGUUCGCGCUCCUGGCGUCGCUCUCAAGGUCCAGUUUGAGGACAAUGGGACUGAUGAUCCCGCACUCAAUGCAGAAUUGAAGGUCGACCCUUCCACCAACACGUUGCACCCAACUCUGGUCCCUCUCGUGAAGCAAAUGACAGCCACUGUCAAAGAAAUUUUGGGCAAUCAAGAGAAUACGCAGACCACGCAGACCGAGCAGAGUCAGCAACGCAGACCCUCUGCAGCGGCAAAAUUACAGCCACAAAAGUUGAUGCAAGAGAAGCCCUUCGGUGCCGAUGAUCCUACCAGCAUCCUGGGUCGGUGCAAAGUGAAUCUGGGACUUCUUUUCUGCAAGCAAGAGUUCAGCUUAAGCUGUCAGCCAAUUGCAAGGGUUGCAGCCACCGCAAGGUUUGAGAGCGUCUACGUUACAGUCAACACAGUUCUGUCGGAAGAGCAAGGCCGAUUCCUCGCUCUCUCGUUGGCAUUCAAUGGUCUCGAGGCCUCUGUCAAGCAUGUCUACUCCAACGAGUCAACCGCAAGCUUUGAGGUGAAAUCUAUGGUCCUGUCACUGAUGAACAACAAACAUCUCGGCCGGAAGAAUGGAAUGUCUGCAAUCUUGCGAGUGAGCCCCAUGAAGGUUGCAGUCAAUGCAAAGCAGGUACAGGAUUCUUUACUCUUCAAGGAAAUCUGGCUGCCAUCCGACAACACUCCUAGCUCAGAUGAGAGUGUCCCGCCAGAGCCAUCCGAAACCCAAUCUUACAUCGUACAGCGAUACCAGCAGGUUGCCUCGGCUUCGGCAUUCCCGUGGAACACCACCAUCGCCAUCGAAAAGUUGCAGAUCCAACUUGACCUCGGCUCCACGCUGGGCAAGGCGCAAUUCGCCAUUGUCGAUCUGUGGGUGGCUACCAGCAAAACGUCCGCCAGUGAGCAGAACAUGUGUAUCAAUUUCGGCUCUAUUGCGAUCGAAAGCAAAGGCCGCAUGAGUGGAAUUGUCGAGCUCGGCAAGCUCAAGGUUCAUACAUCCAUCGAAUGGCCCGAAAUCUCCCACGAAGCCCGCCACAAACCCUUGAUUCAGGCAUCUGUUGCUUUCCAUCAUCUCCAAGCCAAGGUUUCCUUCGACUACCAACCUUUCCUAGUUGCUCGGAUCACUAUGUUCAAUUUCUUGAUGUACAACGUCCGAGACACGUCCGGUGACCAGGGCCAGCGGCUAUUCAGCAUUUUAGACGGAGACAAGGUCCAACUCUUCUGCACUUCUCUGACAGCCUCUCAGGGCCUGGCUCUUUUCCAAGCAUGGCAACGCUUGAUCCAAGAUGUUCAAGCGGCUUACGACUCCUCCUUACACGAAGUGGAGCGUUACUUGCGUCGCAAAUCAUCUGUCUUCCCCGAGCGCCCCCAGGCUGGUCCCAAGCACCUAUCAACGAACAACGAAGAUACGCCCGAGAAGGCCCCUAUUUCUCUCCAAACCGGAGUUGUCGUCAACAUCCGCCAUGUCAAUUUGGGAGCAUUCCCAGGGUCAUUCUUCGACAACCAGAUCUUCAAAUUGGAAGCAUACGACGCCGAAGCCCGCUUUGCCGUAUCGCUCGAAUCUAACAAGAUUCACAGUGCACUUGGCCUGACUUUGGGCCAGCUGCGCGUCGCUCUAUCUGGCAUCACCCGACCAACCUCCGCCCAACUAGACGAGCUUUCGGUGGACGAAAUCGCCGAGCGAGCCGCGGCGUCUCGUGGUGGAACAAUCCUCAAAGUACCUCGCCUCGUGGCGGGAAUGGAAACCUGGCAGGCCCCGGGGACCCAUCAAAUUGACUACACCUUCCGCAGUACAUUCGAGGGUAAAGUUGAUGUUGGCUGGAACUACUCGCGCAUCAGCUUCAUCCGCGAUAUGUGGGAGUCGCACUCGCGAGCACUCGCUACGAGGCUUGGAAAGCCAUUACCGCCUUCUGCUGUCCGCAUUACCGGUGGGCCAGGUAGCAGCCCUGAAGGAAGUGGCGACAGCUCCGAGAAUCAAGAGAAGAUCACUGCUGUUGUCAACGUUCCGCAGUCCAAGUAUACCUACACUGCUCUUGAGCCGCCGGUCAUUGAGACGCCCCAGUUGCGGGAUAUGGGCGAGGCUACGCCGCCCCUCGAGUGGAUUGGUUUGCAGCGAGACAAGUUGCCCAAUGUGACUCACCAGAUCAUCAUCGUCACUCUGUUGGAGAUUGCGAAGGAGGUUGAAGAUGCUUAUGGGAAGAUUUUGGGGUCAUAG